AUGACAGAGGUCAUUGGUGACACAAAAACUCUCUCCCUUUUACCUCCUGCAUUUCUGUCGACUCGUGAGAAUGGCCAGCAGUCGAGUCAUGCGCCAAGGGCCCUGCCACCUACCCUUGUCAAGCGCCAAAGCACUUUCAAGUCCAUCAUGAAACCAAUUCCUCAGGCCCCUCUCUCUGGCACAAAGACCAAUCCCGCGUCUGAACCCUCAGACAAACUGAUAAAGGCUGACGGGGCUGCUCUCCUUGGUCAUGACCAGUGCAAACAAGCAAGGCCUAAGACCGAAGAACUUUUGCAGGUAUGCAGAAUGGAUCCUCAGCAGGAUGUCAUCAAUCACAUCCUUGAAGGGGUUGAAUCAAUUCAGAACCUGAAGAGUGAUACUGUGGAGGCUCUGCAAAAUGCAAUUGUUGGAAGGAUGGUAAUUGACAAAUUCAAGGUUAAAUUUGAGGAAUUUAUAAUUUGGAGCAACAAAAACGACCUGGGCGGCAUUGAAUAUGAUGCCCACCUUGAAAACAUCAUUAUUGAGGCACGACAAGGCCCUGUGCAUGGAAAGACAGUUAAUGUCAUAAGUGACUGGUUUAAAGAGGUAGUGGGCAAGGUUCAAGAGGAAGAUAGUGUGAAUCUAACAAUCUAUCAGGACAAAACAUUCUGCCUUACCAGCGGCAAAUAUGAAGGCAGUCUUAAGGCGCCUGACAGUUCUAUCACAGAGAAUGAAUCCUUUCUUCCCUUGAUAGCUCUUGAAGUUGCUUUCUCAUCCACCAGGAAAGAUCUGCUCGAAGAUGCAAAGGCCUUGUUGUAUGGAACCGACAACAUCACUGAGCUGGUUAUUGCAAUAGACAUUAAGGAGCAAAGUGGUGAAAACAACAACAAAGAAGAAGAUUUGUGUUGGGGCUUAUCAGACCCAGAGAUUCUUCAAUGUUUCAAGACUAAUAAUGCCCUUGCUGCUCAUAUUGUUAGGUGGGAUCAGGAUCAUGGAAACUGUUUACUCGUGGGAACCUUUACGGCUGAGAUGUGGUUCUGUACCAGAGAAACAUGCCAUCCAGACUCAACACAACUCCCCCCUUCUUUAUGGACUUAUGUAUUCUCCCUCAGCAAACCUUUUCAAGAAGGCAAGGUUAUCAAAACCUUUCACAGCACUAGGUCCCUCAGCAAAAAUUUUUGUCAGAAAUUUUGCGAACUUGAAGACAAGCUACCUCUGGAAGCACUGGAGCGUCAAUUGAGGGAUUCGCUUGAAGAUUAUCGAAAAGACAGAGCUUUAUUUUAG